GAGAGCUGACCAUUGGGACAGAUACGGCCCUACACCGCAUCAUCGAAGCCAUUGACGCUGUCCAUAGCACAGCCACUUCGCACCAGCGCACCUUUGUACUCGAAGUUAUGGGCCGACACUGCGGCUAUUUGGCCUGGGCGGCUGGAGUGGCUACGGGCGCUGACUUCAUCCUCAUUCCAGAG